GACGGCGUAAACAAAGCUGGGCAGCUCCAACCAGCAGCUAACGCCGAAGUAGCUCACGUCUCGUCGGUGAAAAAAAAAAAAACACACACACACACCUGUGCGCGCCGGUAACGUGAACGCCGCAGCUUGCAUGUGAAGCCCCCCCCCGCGUUAGCUCACGGGCGUGGCGGUCGGUUGCAGACCCCCCCACCCCGGUUAUACACCGAUUUGAGAAGCUGCUGCUGAAGCUACCAUGACUUAGCUCGCUGUGUAUGUAAGGUCACACACACACACACACACACACACACUCGCUGCUGGAUGAACACUUGAUUGCUGUCACCCGGACUCGGACUGCGAUGUUUAGCCUGAUGGCGAACUGCUGCAACUGGCUGAAACGUUGGCGAGAGCCUGCAAGGAAAGUGACCCUGGUUAUGGUGGGACUGGAUAACGCGGGGAAGACAGCCACAGUACGAGGGAUCCAAGGAGAGAAUCCGCAGGAUGUGGCCCCCACAGUGGGUUUUUCCAAAGUUGACCUGAAGCAGGGCAAGUUCGAGGUGACCAUCUUUGACCUGGGUGGCGGGAAGAGGAUCCGCGGCAUCUGGAAGAACUACUACUCCGAGUCACACGGCGUGGUGUUUGUGGUGGACUCCAGCGACGUCCAGAGGAUUCAGGAGACGCGCGAGACCAUGGCCGAGGUCCUCCAGCACCCGCGCAUUGCGGGGAAACCUGUGCUAGUGCUCGCCAACAAACAAGACCAGGAGGGAGCGCUGGCUGAAGCAGACAUCAUUGAGAACCUGUCUUUGGAGAAGCUUGUCAACGAGAACAAGUGUCUUUGUCAGAUCGAGCCGUGCUCUGCCGUUCUAGGCUACGGCAAAAAGUUCGACAAGUCCAUCAAGAAGGGCCUCAAGUGGCUCCUGAACAACAUUGCCAAAGACUACGAGGCCAUUACCGAGCGCGUUCAAAAGGACACAGCCGAGCAGCGCGCUCAGGAGGAGCAGGACAAGAAGGAGCGGGCGGAGAGAGUCCGGCGGAUACGAGAGGAGAGAGAACGGCAGGAGCGGGAAGAGGCGGAGCGCGAGGGCGGGCAGAUCCAGGAAGAAGGGCUUGAUGAUGAUAGCAUGCCCAGCCCCUUCCAGCCAAUCAGCAACGUGAUCUCUGAGAACGAGGAUAAAGAAAAGGAGAGGAAGAGGCAAAGAGAGGAGGCCCGGACCAACAGCCCAAAGACGGACGUCGGUCGAGAGGAAGAGGAGUACGAGGAUGACAACGACGAAGAGCCGGGCGACACGAGACAAACGCCGGAAAAUGGCAGAUCAGCCACAACGGGCGAGCAAGAGAAAAAGAAGACGAGGAAGCUGCAACUUAAGAGGAAGCACAGGGUGGACCCGCUGAGGACGGAGGACGGGCCGGCGGAGAGCCCCACCCCUCCACCUCCUCCAGUGGGAUGGGCCACACCCAAAGUUUCUAGGCUGCCAAAACUAGAGCCACUCGGAGACUCGAGACAUUCCGAAUUUUUCAAGAAGCCUCUCCCGCCUCUUGCCAACAGGCCGCGGCCUAACGGCGACGCUCAUGACAUCAUUUUUUAACUCCCCUUAUACUGAUUGAGGUCCUCCAAUCACGGCUCUCCCCUUUUUUUGCUUUCUGUCUCAAGCGAGUGGUGUGUAGAGCACCAGACACAGACACUGCAGGCGGCGCGGGAGCCGGUGUACGCCGGAAGUGCGACGAGACACGAAACACGGGGGCAAGAUGGGAAGUUAGGUCCUGCUCAGACGCUGUUCAUACGGUUUGAAACCUUGAACCUGCCUGAACUGACUUCAAUGUCAGGUUCUGUCUCAACAAAAGCACGUUUUGUGCUGAACACUUUCCACAACUGUAGACUGAAACUUUAUUUUUUAUUGUUAAUGUCAGUGUUAUACAGUCUGGGCCCCGUUUGUCCAACUGAAAUGCUUUUAAUUGACAAAGAAUGUAAAUAUGUCCAUUAUAACCUUUUUAUAUGUUCAUGUCUGUUACUGAAUCAUGGAUUUGUAUACACACCGCCAUUAAAUAAUGACCAUAUUUCAUUCAUCUAUUUUUGCACCUUUGGUAGAGUAAACAAAGGUGGAAAUUAUAGAGGAGGCCUCAAGUGUCUUUUCACAGCUGAGUGCUUUAAGUUUGACCAGCGCUGUGAAAGAUGAGUCACAGCUUGAGGAAAUAGGUGAAUGGUAGGUGUAAUUUUCUAUAGUACGCUGUACUGUACAUGGAAAAGUGUUACACUAUAUUUACAUUAUGAUUGUUAGUUGGUCAAUUUUAGUAAUGAUUCCAUUUAAAGGUUUGUUGAAAAGAAAAAAAGACUGAUCUGUAAAAUCUGUAAUGGGGAACAUAUUUUUGUUGUUGUUCCUGGCCAGCAGCAUCAUAAAGCAUCUUUUUAUUUAUUGUUAAAAAUGUAAACAUAUGGAAAUAUAUUUGUCUUUAUUUGUCUACAGAGCUACAGAUUUUUUUACUGCUGUUUACACUGUGUAUCUGUUUUAAAGUGAUAUUUCUCUGGAGGCAGGAAUCAGCCUCAGACUUGCUGCCUCUCAGGAGCCAGCGCUGUUGUUGUUAAUCUUCUGUUGUUAGUACUCUCUCUUCUCUCU